CUCCCCUAUAUAACCACCCGCGGCUACAAAAACCACCUUGAACUUUGCGAUCCCCAAAACCGACAACUCGGGAUUCAGAAAUGGCGGGUGUAUCUUCAUCGAUGAUACUGGCCGAGCAUGUGUCGUGGUACAGCACCCUGCUCCUGGCCCUGAUGCUGGCAAUGAACUGCUGCGAGCCAAGUGAUGAGGUCUACCAGGACGCUGGACAAGCUGUUUGGCACCGAAGUGGUGGCGAGUUUGCCAACAAGGUACGCCCAUGCGACGAGAUUUACGUGGUCAGGGAAGGGGAAACUCUCCAUACGAUCAGCGAGAAGUGCGGGGACCCAUACAUAGUCGAGGAGAAUCCGCAUAUCCAUGACCCGGACGACGUCUUCCCUGGCCUCGUCAUCAGGAUCAAUCCCUUCAAGUACAGUUAGAGCGUUCCAUAUGAUUUUGCUUAAUACUUACUUUAGCGAGGUUUUACUUUUUUUUCUCCUUUUCAUCUUCUCCUUAUUCGAGAUAUAGGAAUUUAUGAAUUGGGCAGCUGGCUAUAAGACGCUGCGAAUUGUAGCAUAAGCAUUGAAUUCCAUGAAUCGCCGAUUGAGGACAACGUAUAUACGAUGUACGAACCAUAGAUCAUACGGUUUGUGUUUAUCAUGUCUCAAGCUCUCCCGGUAUAUAUUGUAACAUUUCAAGACCUUGAACACCGGAAAUAAUAACAUCGCGUGAUUUUGUUCCA